UUCAUAUAUUAGACCUCCUGAUAUUCUUCAUACGUAUUUCAUCCUCUUCCUCAUCCAUUGUGACUCCUCUCUCUUCUCUCCCUCUGCAAGACAGUCCAUUUACACUUACAGACUGUUGGAAUGACUACUAAACCUCAUCCACCUCUGAUGAAGAAACACAGUCAGACCGAUCUGGUGAGCCGACUCAAAACACGCAAGAUCCUGGGUGUCGGUGGAGAGGAUGAUGAUGGAGAAGUGCAUAGGUCAAAGAUCAGUCAGAUGCUGGGGAAUGAGAUCAAGUUUGCGGUUCGAGAGCCUGUGGGACUGAGAUUAUGGAUCCUCUUCUCCGCUGUGGUUUUCACAGUCAUGGCCCUUAUGGCUCUAGCCUUCCCUAACCAGCUGUAUGAAGUUGUAUUUGAUCAAGAACAAACAGCCACCAGUGUCUCUAUACGUCUCUAUGGAGGGGCCAUUCUCAGUCUUUCUCUGAUCAUGUGGAAUGGCUUGUACACUGCUGAGAAGGUUAUCAUCCAGUGGACGUUACUUAGUGAGGCCUGCUACUUUGCCAUCCAGUUUUUAGUGACCUCCGUCACUCUGGUGGAACUGGGCUCUUUACCAAAUGGUGCCGUCCUCCUCCUCCUCAGUCGCAUAUUCUUCCUCACGGUCACACUGUCCUACUACUACCAUCUGGGACGCCGGCCCAAGAAGAUCUGAGAGCCCCGCAAGCACCGUUCUGACACACCUGGUGCUUGGGGAGUUGAGUGACGGGCCACUGGGCUGGAGUUUCCAUCAGAAGCUUUGAACAGUGACACAACCAACAACAUCAACCUGUUCACCUGGCGUUGAGCCUUACCGCAAGGCCGAUGCCAACCCCAAAGCCUUUAUUUUCAUUUCAGCUUACACACAACACUGGAGUUUGCCUUUAGUGAGCAACUCCAUCUCUUUUUGUUUCUUUUUUUUCUUCUUCUUUUUUUUAGUGGGAAACACUCACAAUAUGGCCAAAUGAAUUGCAUUUUUCUUUCGGAUAGUGCAGUCACAGUGUAGCCCUCCUCAUUCACCGUUUAUCGUGUAAAGUAUUGCACACCGUAGCCGAGCUUGGACUGCUGGCGUAAUUGUCUGUAGCCAUGGUAUCAACAAAACUGUAAAUCAUUUCAUGUAAUAAUGCCAAUGAGCUCCUAGUCAUGUGACGUGCGUGAGGGUGGCUAGUAAACACUAGAUUGUGUGUUUUUACAUGCAGGUCAUUCAGUAUUUGAGCAGUAAAAACUGUUCCUGGUUGGUGUAUUUUGUAUCACUGCUGUAUUACUAAACUAGGAACAACCUGCUCUACGUCGAAUGAUGGGAAUGGUUAUGAAAAGCGUAGUUUUAUUGAUGACAGAUGGAACCGGUUCAUUUGUUCAGUUAGUUGGUGCAUGGACUGUUUCAGGAACUUCAGUUAAUGGGUUUGAACUAAUUAUUCAUAUUUCAGAUAACCAUUUUUUCUUAGUGUCAAGUUUGUUUUCAUUAAAAUGUCAGAAACACCUUUCUUGUUUAGCAAUGCCACAGAACAUGGUUGUGUAGCACAAUGACAUGUUUCAUUCAUUUUAACAAGCAAUGUAGCAGUAUUUUCCCUCACUUUUCCCUAAUAUUGCCUUAAUAUGCUAAACUGCACAAGCGUUCCACAUGUCUGCACACUGCCAGGUGUUUGUAUUCUUCAAAUGAUCUGUGUUUAUUUUUUGUUGAUUCUGCUUAUUUAUUGGCCUGCUUAAGUUCACUUUUUAAGGUUUGUGGUAUAACUUGCGUGUUUAUUGUCUGAGUUGUUCAGUCCAGAAAUGAUCUUGUAUGCUCUUGAUAACAAGUCAUCUUGUGCGAGUUCUGCCUUGUGUGGAUUUGCUAUUAUUUUAGACAUGCAGUGUCCAUUAGUACAACAGUGACAACUCCCAUUAAAAGCAUAACCGAAUUUAUAACUUUAGCAUAACUUGCUAAAGUUAACUCCAACUCCAAACCUCUGCUAUGCAUGGCUCAAAUAAAGAAGUUCAAAGGACCAGCCUGGUAGAGGCUCAUUUUUCAUUCACAAGCCAGUUUGAUUUCGUCUCUUUGUUGUCUUUACAUUCGAACAGCUCAUAGUUCAAAUCUCAGUACAAACUUUUCCUCUCGCUGUCCUGUAGAUAUUUUUUCUUUGACAGAACCAAAUCAGUCCUAACUAGUAAUUCAGUAUAGGCACGGCUGUUACUUUGUGUUCUGUUCCUCAUUAAAAAGCAAGCUCUCAUCCCUCUUAACACUCGCCCAGAUAAAUAUGAGGAUGGCAAAUGCCAAACAUGAAUCAUUUGUUAUUCAUGUCUCCUGAUGAGAAUUGUGUUGCCAUGCUAUUAGAAGUAAUAUCCUGUUAGCUGCUAGUGGCUUCAGCUGUCUGCCGAUGGUAUUCAUAAUGCCUCUGAAGGGAUGUUAAUGUAAUUUUUAAAUGUGUGUGUAAAUAUUUUAUUGAAAGAUGUUAUUGUUAUGGACUUGCAUCGUUACCUUUUUGGAAUAAAGAAAAUGUACAAUUA